AUGGCAGCGGAAACAUACGGACAUAGAUUCUAUACAGAAAAGGAUAUGUUCCCCAAUGACGUAAUGUUGGAAUAUUCUGAAGAAUGCUAUCUAUCCUGGCCACGGUCUCCUGACUCGGGACGAUCGAGCUUGGAGCCAACACCAUCCUUGGAGAGCAACGAAUCGCCAACACACAUCGCAUAUAGAGGAUUACCAAACGAUCUAGUUCUAGAAGACAGUGCGGAGGAUGGAGAAACACUAGAAGGAUCAGGGAAGAGGAGAGGGAGGGCGACAAGUGCUGCAGUUUUGCGGAGGCGCCGUCUCGCCGCGAAUGCGAGGGAAAGAAGACGGAUGCAGAACUUGAAUAAAGCAUUCGACAGGCUCCGUGGUCAUCUGCCGUCUUUGGGUGCUGAUCGCCAACUCUCCAAAUACGAGACCCUUCAGAUGGCACAAACAUACAUCGCUGCGCUUUAUGAAUUAUUGCAGUAA